CGCCGCUCCGCCUCUUUUGCCGGCGCUGAAGGAGGCGAGGGCAGGCGCGUGCACGAGGGGGCCGUGAAGGCGGGACGGGGGGGAGAAGGCGCGGGUGCGCGCGGCAGCCGGGCGGCCAAACGACUCUGUUGUCGGGGCGGCGGCUUUUCCCUUCAGCACCACCACCCAGCCGAGGAAAGGCGGCGGAGCCGAGCAUGGCGCUCUCGAUGCCGGUGAACGGUGUGAAAGAGGAGGGCGACAAGGAGCCACUCAUCGAGCUCUUCGUCAAGGCUGGCAGUGAUGGAGAAAGCAUAGGAAACUGCCCCUUUUCUCAGAGACUCUUCAUGAUCCUUUGGCUCAAAGGUGUGGUGUUUAGUGUUACAACAGUUGACUUGAAAAGGAAGCCUGCAGAUCUCCAGAACCUGGCUCCAGGGACUCACCCGCCUUUUAUAACAUUUAACAAUGAAGUCAAAACAGAUGUGAACAAGAUUGAAGAGUUUCUUGAAGAGGUCCUCUGCCCACCCAAGUAUGCAAAGCUUUCUGCAAAACACCCAGAAUCAAAUACGGCUGGAAUGGACAUUUUUGCCAAAUUUUCAGCAUUUAUCAAGAAUUCCAGGCCAGAAGCUAAUGAAGCCUUGGAACGAAGCCUUCUGAAAACUCUGCAGAAGCUGGAUGACUACCUGAACACUCCUCUCCCUGAUGAGAUUGACGAGAACAGCAUGGAGGACGUCUUGGCUUCCAACCGCAAGUUUCUCGAUGGUGAUGAGAUGACACUGGCAGAUUGCAACUUGUUGCCCAAGCUACAUAUUGUCAAAGUUGUGGCCAAAAAGUAUCGCAACUUCGACAUUCCCAAGUCCAUGACAGGGAUAUGGAGGUACCUGACCAACGCUUACGGCCGUGAUGAAUUCACCAACACUUGUCCUGGAGACAAAGAAAUCGAAAUUGCUUACAGCGAUGUAGCCAAGAGACUCACUAAAUAAGCAGCACUUCAUCCACAUUCAUAACAAAAUGCUUCUUUUAACAGACUGCUAUUUGUUUUUGUCUUUUUAAGAUAGUCAUUUACUUUGCAUGAACUUGCAGUUAUUCAGUGUUAUGUUUCAAAAGGCCAGGGGUACAGUGGUCUGUUUAAAACUUGCAAAUGGAAGUUUUGACAUUUUGCCUCCUGUAGCAGUAGGAUUCUGCAGUGCACACGUUCUGGAAUGUUGCCCAGGAGUGCCGAAUCGCUCAUUGCUUUUACUACCACGAGUUACAGAUAAACUUACAGGUACUGGGCCCAUAUUAGAUGAGGACCAGUUUGUUUAGUCAGCAGAACUGAGAGGUAAAGCUUUUCUGGACUGAACCACUUCAGACUAUGGGGGUGAAUUCCCCAGUGUGUGUACAGACUGAUGGGUCUGCCUUUUCAGCCUUUUAAAAAGAUGUUCAGGGAAGGUUUUUUCCUUUGGAGAGCGCGCAAAAUACAUGGCAUCUCUCCCUCCCCUUACAAUCUGCAGCCUGAAAUGAUUCACUAAAGGAAAAGCUUUACUGCUUUGAUCCUAUUGAUUGUACAUUGCUGGCCAUUUGAUCUCAAAUUGCAGCCUCAAAUUGGUCUAAGAGGUAUUUCCUGAUGUGGCUCAAGGAUUAUUUAUAUAUAUUUUGGGAUGUUUUUGGACAGUUUUGAAACAUUGUACCUGUCGGUCUGUCUUUACUGUGUCCCUGAGCUGUUUAUUGCCUGCCCCCCGAAAAGAGCAACUUGCAGAAUUACUGGGGAGAAACUGGGAGGCUGCCUUUGCUCCCAAGGAGAAGUCAGUUAGCAGGCUCAGGCACCAGGAGGCUGUACUUUUGGGAGGGGGAGUUAGUUGUAAUCUGCACAUAUUUGCAUGGGUCUGGGUUUUGUUUUUGUUUUUUGCUGUGGUCCUCUUGGACUUUCACACGGCUGCAUCGAAAUCCCCAGAAAUCUUCAUUGGAGGAUGACUUUAAGCAGCAGUAUCAGUGUAGAAGAAUCUAGGCUUUGUGACAAAAAAAAUCAAGCUUAUUAAGAAUAAGAAGAUGCUUUUUUUUUUUAGGCACUAAGAGCUUUGUCAAUAUGCAGGACUUUCUUCUGAACGAAUCUUCAAAACCCAUGCUGUUAAAUGCAUUAGAGAAGUGCUACGUUUCUACUCGAUGUAAAGCUACUCUUAUAUUGCUAGCUAGAAGUGUAGCAGUUGUUGCUGCCAAUGUUUCCUGCUCACUGUUGCUAACAUCAGAAUUUUUGCUGAGAACAAUUUUUUAAACAGUUUUUAAAAAUAUGUUCAAGUGACCUUCAAAAACCAACUCGGUUGCCUUAAAAUGGACCAUAAUUCCAAAAAGAUUAUCUUUUCUUCUGAAGCCAUGGAACGUGAGGAUAUUGUGUUAAUUUCUCCUUUUCCUUUAUUAUCACUUCAGUUGACCGUUGCAUAAAUAUCCCUGACCUCUAGUUUUUCAUGCCACAAUCAUUAGUGGUCAGGAUUUUUCUCUUUAGAAUGGUAUCAGAUACUAGCACUGUAACUUUAAUUUCUUCUUUAAUAACAGGCAAGUGUUUGAGGCAUGGAGUAAUCUUUUCAUUUUUCAUAAGCCAUCAAAGACUACUCCGAGGAACAGGUCUCACUAGUGUAAUUUUUAUAAUUUUUACAACAAAAUACAUUUUUUUAAAGAGUAGAACCAAUUUUUAGUUGUCUAGAAGUGCUAUUGCUUUCCAGCCUGGAGUUACUCAAUACAAAUCAUUUGCUCAGAAGAGGGAUGUGAAAUCUUUUAGGAGAAUAGCUUAAGAGGUGGUAAAAUUCUGGCUUUUUAUAUAGUAAACGUCAUACUUUUACUAUGUGAUCUAUGAUGAAAAUUAGUGGAAACAGGUGUCUUGUACACAGGCUUGUCUUUGUUACCCAUGGCUUCGUGGUGCCUUCUUGCUGUCCCCUAGAUUUAAAAUGUUUAGUGUUACUGCAGAAUCAGUUCUAUGCCUGCCACUUUGCUAAAGGGCAGACACUUAAAGCAUCCCCUGGUUUUGACACAUCUUGGAAAGAAGGGGGGGGUGCUUUUGUAGCAUUUUUUAUUUGCUGAUAAAUUUUCAUCUUUGGCUUCUCAUGCCUGAAAUCUGUUCCCAGUUCUUUCCAUUUUGUCCACACUACCUCUCAAUUUCUGAUUUGUUGCAGUUUCCUCAGUUAGGUGCACACGCUCAAUUUGGCUGUGGCACACUUUGUCUUGGUGAACUCUGGAUGGUUCCUAAUUAUAGUUCCAAAUUUUUGCCAUCCUGGUUGCACUCCCCAUCCCCCCCCCCCACAGUACUCAUUGAAAAUAUAGUGGCAAAAACCUGAUCCUUUCAGUAAUUUGGUAGAAGGAUGGGUAGGUUUAGCUGGGAAGGCUAUGAUCCAGCAUGGACUAUCUUUUCUAGUUGGAGCUGAGCAGCUGCUGCCAUCCAUCUGUUACCUAGCUGACAUUUUUAGGGCUACUAAAUCUAGCGUAAAGUAACGGGAUGUGUUUGUUUUGUGGAUUUUGGACAAAGUAGCCCUAACAGCUUUCCUUUCCAGAAAAUCCAUUAGUACUUCCCAAGUGCGCAAAACAGGAGAGAAGGGAGUUGCUCACCAGCUUGUUUUAAACAAUACUGUAAAAUAAAGUAACCUUUCAUUGAUCACUUGGUGCUGAUAUUAUGCCUUAGCACAGUUGAAAGAGCAUGUAAUAUAGGAAGUGGUUCAAUCUUAUGUUCUUGAUCCUGUUGAGCUGGAACCAGCAAAUCCUUUGGGAAUAUAUUUUAGAGAGAAAAACAUGCUUCCUUAGUAUUGGUAUACAAAAUUAUGAUCCUACUUAAUUUCUCUUGUAUGACAGUCGUUUUGUCAAAUUGUAUAUAUGCCUUUAUUGCCCAUGUGGAUGAAAGAAUUCAGUUCUCCUCCCUGACAGUCAAGGGGUUGGGGACUUCUGGCUUCAGACCAGGCAUAAAAACCCAGUAUAUUGUGUUCCAUUUUCAGUAGUGAUUUAAAAGAUGUGACCAUCAGAUGGCUAUCUACCCAGUAGUCACAUUGAUUUGGUUUUUUUAGUACUGCAAUUUAACUGACUUCCUAGAAAUAUUGUGGUCACAAGUUCAGAUGAAAUUAUGACUGUGCUUUUGUACCAGGGCAUGGAGAGGAAGGAACAUUGUGGGUCUAUCCCAAGCCACGAUAUUGUGGGUCUGUCCCUCCAUUGUGUGUCCAGUCAAGAGAUUGUAAUCAAGUUGCAAACAUUCUGCUUUCAGCCCUGCCUAUUUUUAAAAAAGCACUCUUGGUGGUGGACCUGUUCACACUUUCCUUCUACCUGAGAGCGUGAGGUGGCUGUCUCACAUGAACUGAAAGUACAAGCGAGGACGACUAUUCUGAGAUGCAGCAAUUCCUUAUGCAAUUCCUUAUUCCUUAUUCCUUAUGAGAUUGUUCCUUAUGAGAUUAUUCCUUAUUCCUUAUGAGAUUGUAAUUGUCACAAUCCUGUGGGAUCUAUGCCUGUAUACUUCUGAACUGCUUGAAGUGGGAGACAAUAUUAGAAUUGGAACCUAGCCAUCUUGUCACGUGUGUGAAGUAGCCACUAGUGUACAAACAAUGCCAUAUUGGCUUCACACCUAAAAUUGAUUGUAUGUCUUUUGUGAUGGAGUUGCCUCUCCAUUGAAGAUGAUCCCAGUCCUUUCAGUUUAGGAUAUCAUAAAUGUUCAGAUGGAGCAUUCUUGUAAUCUCUCCUUUGCUGAAUCACAGGCAGGAGCAGAUGUUUCUGAAUUAUAAUCCUGGGGCUGGCUACAUGAACCUGCAAGCAUGAGUCUGAAGUCCAUGUCAUAGAGGUGACCCCUCUGUAAGGCACAGUGAGGCUAUUUGAUUGUCUUUCACUGAAAACCCAAUUUUUCCUAUGAGGUGCAGUCACUGGAUAAGUUCUCUUGCAUGAACACCAUUGAAAUCAUCAAGUAGCUCUCUUGUGCCAUUCCUGUUAUUUUUGUAGAGCUUACAAAGAAAUUCCCAGAAGUUGAUUAGUGCGUGUCUGGAAGCACUAGUUGGAUUUUCUGCCUAAAGCAUCAAAAAGCCUUGCAAAUAACUCUGUUCUGAUGUUUUGAAAAUACAGCUCGAAAGGAAGGCUUGGUGAUUUCUCUUCACCCGCUUCAUUUGUUUUUUUGGCAUCCAAGUGUGUACUCUUGACAAGUGAUCUAGUUUUGAGAUACUUUGCUGUUCCUAUAAAUCUUCUUACUAACCACUUGUAUGAAAGUUUGGAGGGUCUUAAAGCUGCAAGAGUUUUUGUUGGUGAUGGGAGUGAGCCUCAAGUUCACUCUCUUCGCUCCGGUAGAAGAGAGGUGUGAACCAGUGCCUGCAUAUAUUGGAACACAAAUGAUUGCUUCUGUCUCAAAGGAAAGUGAACUUACGAGCAGACUAUACUGUUUCUACCUGGCCUAAGCUAAACCUUGUUAUUUUUAAAGCAACUUGGUCUAAAAGCAGCUGCAAAGCAGCUUUAUCUACAAUCAAUAAAGGCCUUGGUUAUGACAUUGGAUUGAAAAAUUAGCUGCUGUGAACACUUCCCAUGUGCUGAAGUUUUGUGUGUGUAGGCAUCAUUAUCACACUGGAAAGCUCUGUGUGCAGCAGGGGCCAUUCAUAGGGAACCCAGAAGUAUCUCCCAUGUUCUGAUGCAUGUGGACUGGAGUCAUGUGGAAUUAUUAACGUGACAACUUUUGGGUCACAGAGGGUCAUUCUUUGCCUUGCUUUUUCCAUGAAACUGUUGCUUGAUCUUAGAAGACAAGCUAAGCGAUUAAGUGUUUAUGCUAAAAACUAAUGACAGUUUUGAUUGGCUGUAACUAAUGGAAGAUGUUUUGCUCAAACCACAGUUGAGCAGAGCCUGUCAGAUUCGUUCCUGUUCUUUUGGGCACAUCUGUUAAUGUUCCAGGUUUGUUUGUUUGUUUAAAAAAUAGCAUUUUUGCAAUUUGUUUUGAUCAACUGUUGCAUGUGAACAGUUGGGGGUGGGUGGGAACAGGGGCAUAAAUUCCUAGAAUGAGCAGCAAUUAAUGUGGCUUCAGUAUAGAUGGAUACUCGGAGUCUCCAUACAACUUAUUGUAAUAUUGCUUAUCUUUUCACUUUUCUGGAAUAUCUUUUAUGGAUAUACCGGCAAACUGCUGGCAGCUAUUGUUUAAAAAUAAAAUUAUAUUUUCACUUAUGACCA